CUGGCUCUUGAGCAUUUGAAAAGCCACAAGCAAAUAUAACUGAAGAAUCAGAUGACAGAACCGUAGAAGAAGUUGAAUUACCACGCAUACAAAGUUCAGGAAGAGGUGAUUCUGUUGUUGAGUCAAGCAACGGAAAGAAAAAAGGAAUGGUUCUUCCUUUUGAACCACAUUCUAUCACAUUUGACGAUAUCAUAUACUCUGUUGACAUGCCACAGGAAAUGAAAGAACAAGGUGUACAAGAGGACAAAUUAGUGCUUUUGAAGGGUGUCAGUGGUGCAUUCAGGCCAGGUGUUCUCACAGCUUUGAUGGGUGUGAGUGGAGCUGGCAAGACUACUCUGAUGGAUGUUCUGGCUGGUAGGAAAACCGGUGGAUAUAUUGAAGGAACCAUAAAAGUUUCUGGGUACCCUAAGAAGCAAGAAACAUUUGCUCGAAUCUCUGGUUACUGUGAGCAGAAUGAUAUCCACUCACCUCAUGUUACAGUUUACGAGUCCUUGCUCUACUCAGCAUGGCUUCGUUUACCUUCAGGAGUUGAUUCCAGUACCAGAAAGAUGUUCAUUGAGGAAGUGAUGGAACUGGUGGAGCUUACAACAUUGAGGAACUCGUUGGUUGGUUUGCCAGGUGUGAGUGGUCUCUCUACUGAACAGCGCAAGAGGCUCACUAUUGCAGUUGAAUUAGUGGCUAAUCCUUCCAUAAUCUUCAUGGAUGAGCCUACUUCUGGGUUAGAUGCGAGAGCUGCUGCCAUUGUUAUGAGAACUGUGAGGAACACUGUGGACACAGGAAGAACUGUUGUUUGCACCAUCCAUCAGCCUAGCAUUGAUAUAUUUGAAGCUUUUGAUGAGUUAUUCUUGAUGAAGCGUGGAGGACAAGAAAUAUAUGUUGGGCCACUUGGUCGUCAUUCUACCCAUUUGAUCAAGUAUUUCGAGAGCAUUGAGGGUGUGAGUAAAAUCAAAGACGGAUAUAACCCAGCAACAUGGAUGUUGGAAGUUACAUCUACUGCACAAGAACUCAAUUUAGGUGUUGAUUUUACUGACCUAUACAAGAAUUCUGAUCUAUAUAGGAGAAACAAGCAGCUUAUACAAGAACUGGGCCAACCUGCUCCUGGUUCAAAGGAUCUUCAUUUCCCUACUCAAUUCUCACAGUCAUUCUGGGUCCAAUGCCAGGCUUGCUUGUGGAAACAGCGUUAUUCAUACUGGCGCAAUCCACCAUACACUGCUGUGAGAUAUUUCUUCACUACUUUCAUAGCCUUGAUGUUUGGAACAAUGUUCUGGGACCUCGGAGGCAAACACUCAAAUAGACAAGACCUGUUGAAUGCGGUGGGUUCAAUGUCGACCGCUGCUCUCUUCCUUGGGGUACAGAAUUCUUCAUCAGUACAGCCAGUGGUAGCAGUUGAAAGAACUGUGUUUUAUAGAGAAAAAGCUGCUGGAAUGUAUUCUGCCUUACCCUAUGCAUUUUCACAGAUUCUAGUAGAGUUGCCUUAUAUUUUUGCUCAAGCAGUGACAUAUGGACUCAUAGUUUAUGCUAUGAUGGGAUUUGACUGGACUGCAGAGAAAUUCUUUUGGUUUCUAUAUUUCAUGUUCUUCACAUUGUGCUACUUCACGUUCUACGGCAUGAUGUCCGUGGCAGUGACACCAAAUCACCAUGUUGCUUCCAUUGUGGCUGCUGCAUUUUAUGCAAUUUGGAAUCUCUUCUCAGGAUUUAUCGUCGCAAGACCAAGCAUCCCAGUGUGGUGGAGAUGGUACUAUUGGGCAUGUCCGGUGGCAUGGACAAUAUAUGGAUUGAUUGCAUCUCAGUUUGGAGAUAUAACUACAGGAAUGGAAUCUGAAAAUGGAAAGUCUGUGAAAGCUUUCCUUGAAGAAUUUUAUGGUUUCAAACAUGACUUCAUUGGAGUUUGUGCAGUUGUCGUUCCUGGCAUCGCCCUUCUCUUUGCUUUUACUUUUGCUGUUGCAAUCAAGGCUUUCAACUUCCAAAAGAGAUAGAUAUUGGAGACUUUCCCAAACGUGAAGGAUUCUUUAUAUUUUUUUUAUUUUGUUUUUCUAUUUUCUAUUUAGUAUUUACUCUUAGCAUUCUUGUAUCUACCAUUCAUGCAGCACUAGCUUGAGAAACUUGUUUCCUCUCUCUACUGCCAAUUUGAAGCUUCUUUAUAUAAUAAAUGUACAAGCAUAUGAUUUUGAUAAUACUUUUGUAUUG